AUGCAGACUCUCAUAAAAGAGAAUUCGAUUAAUAAGGAUUGGAUUUCUAUAGGAGAACUUACUGAUAUUAUCAUCUCCAUCCUUGAGAACUCUGAUUCUAUAGAUGUCAAGAUGAAGAUCUUGAUUACUUUGAAGGGUGCUGUUGAGGGGCAUGCAAGAAACAAGGAAAAAGUGGUUGAAUCUCAAGGAUGGCGAUACAUUAUUUCCUGCUUACACAAUGACUCUAGAGUAAUAAAGGAAGCAGUUGAUUUGCUCUAUGAAUUGCUUCAAGACCGUUCUGGUUGGAAUAAAAGUUUCUGCAAAAAACUUUCUGAGCAUCCCAGCACGGUUAAUUACCUUGUUACCAUUCUAAAUGGACCAGUCAGCGAUUCAAUUGAAACUGCAGAAAAGAUUUUGACGGAGCUUUUUGAAACAGACGAGGAAAACAUUUGCUGUGCUGCUAAGUUUGGCUGGUGCAAAGCACUUGUUGAUCGCAUGAUUCAAGGUAGCAAGACAUUCUUUUCCAGUUCGUCUUUGUUGCGUUGA